UGGUACGCGGCGCGCGAAAAGACAUUUUGGCAUCUAUAGGUAAUAUAUAGAUAAAUUAGCUAAUUACUAGCAACUAGUCAAGAGUAAGUAAAGACAAAUCACCGGUGUGGAGCUGUACAUCGCAUAGUUGGCCAAAAAGAUGCUCAAGCUUGCCCUCCCCGUUCUUGCAAUUUUACUGGUAAUCGGCAUUAGUCUGAAAAGAGUAUACGACAAUAUACGCUCCCGCUACAAUGCGACUGUAAAUUGCUGGUUUUGCAAUCAAAAUUCACGCGUCCCGUAUGUCCAGCGAAAUAGUUGGACCUGUCCGCAGUGCGAACAGUACAAUGGCUUCACCAAGGACGGCGACUACAAUCGGGAUAUGUUGUCGCAGCGCGACACCAGUGCCAGCUCGUCGCAGAAGCACAGCUCAUCGCGCGAGACCAGCAAUAUCUGUGCGAAUUCCUACUAUCCGGAUGCCGUGGCCGGCUCCGCCUUCGCCAUGCAGCAGACGCCAGGCAAUGGCCUCUGCGACCAGUGCAACGAGGCACAGCGUCUGAAGAUCGAGAAACUCUCGCAGUUUGAGCCCAAGCACGAGUCGCGCUUCGAGCGGGAGCUCAAGGUCUACAAAGAGCAGCUGGAGCAGCAGUUCCGUUUGUGCAGCAGCUGUGAGCGGCAUGCCAAGAAGGUGCUGCACGAGAAGAACAAAAUGGUGAUCAGCUCGAAGAUCCUGAAUUUCCUGAUCAAGGGCGCCGCCGUGCUCAAGCAGCCGCACUUCAACCGCCUGGCCAGUGCCCAGCGCCAGCAGAAACUGCAUCGCUAUCAGCAGUGCAUGGCCCUCCUCACUGUGGGCAAUAUUUUGUGCCUGGUCUGCAGUCUGCCCCCGGCCACACGCCAACAGUUUCACACGGUAUUGGGCGAACACAUAGGCUCGGCGCUGUUCUACCUGUACUCCCAUGUGUGGGCGCUGCUUCGCGUCACAGCGGACGCUGUGGACGGCAUGCUGGAACAGCGGGCGACCGUUGCGUCUGCGAAGCUGCUGCUGUAUGCUCGCACCUUUGGCAAGCUGCUGCUGUACUCGGGCGGGCUCAGCCAGCAGCAGCUGCAGCAGGCAACAUUCAGCUCCUGCUUCAUCGGCCUCUAUCCGUAUGCGAUGCUUGCCCUCAGCUUCUGCCACAAGCUGACCAAUGGCCUACGGCUGACGCGCUUCACCCUCAUACUGCUGCUUUGGAGCGUCUAUGCCAUGGACAUGGCCAUGCCGCUGCCCUACAUCGAUGGCAUCACCUUUAUUCUGCUGGGCAGUGUGAUGACUCUCGUUCUGCUGGCCACAAACCGCGCCAAUCUGCUGAGCCAGAGGCACCAGGAGGACUCGGCCAGCGAGAGCUUUCAUCGCCUGUGCGCGGACGAGUGCAUCACCGAUGAGGACACCAUGAGCAUGAUCACCGAGCAGCUGAGCACCUGCAGCGGCCAGAAUAUGACCGGCCAGAGCGUCGGCUCACCCUCGAGCGGCAUCAGCACCCUGCGGCACCAGCGCAACUUCCUGCCCAAUGGCAGCGUCCGGAACCUGUCACAUGUCUCACCCUCGAGCGACAUCAGCACACUACGGCCGCGCGGCUUGGCCGAGCGCAGCAGAAAAUUACCAAAUGGUCUGUCCAUGGAGUCGCUGCAUUUGUCCAGCCGACCCAGCCCCUCGACUGUUUACUCAACUGGCAACUGGCGGCAGGGCCCUACGCCUGCCGCAUUGAACAAUGACUCCUUGCUGUCGCCUAGCUCACAGUGGUACAGGCACAACAAUCUAAGCGGACAAACAAUGCAACAGAUGAACAGCCGCUCCACGCAGAAUCUGCUGACGCCCUCGCGGCUGCCUGUGCCACAGAGUGAGCGCGAUGUGGGCGCCUGGGUGGUCACGCACAGCCUCAACCCGAGUGUCUACGAGCAGUGUGCCAAACCGUCGCAGCAAAAGGAGCAUCAGCAGCAGCAGCAGCAGCUCUCACGCACCUCCUCGCAAUCCUCGGGCUUUGAGUCGCAGCAGCAUAGACCGGAAUCUCUAUGGCAGCCCACACGUGCUCCGUCCGCCUACUACGCUCCCUUGGGUGCACCCUCGCCAGGACUCUCGCAUGCAGCAGCCAGCUCCAACUGGGACUAUCCUGGACAGCAGCAUGCCGCCCGCGAUGGCAUCACACUGCAGCCGGGCGACUUGCUGCGCAACUGGGUCGAGGGCAAUGCCAGGCCGCAGCUGCACUGAUUUUUUUUAUUCUCGACCAUAAUUU